AUGAACGACACCAUCUCUGCCUAUGACUCGAGCCUGUUCAAGAAUAUCUUCACUUCCGACCGGAUGAGGAAGGAGUUCACCGACCGCGCAUAUGUCACGCGCUGCGUCCAGGCCGAAGUCGCCCUCGCCACGGCUCAAGCCACCAUCGGCGUCAUCCCCUCGGAAGCAGCUCAACAGAUCGCAUCCAGCUGCUCGGUUGACAAGCUCGACUUCGACCGUCUCCGCACCGAGACGGACAUUGUCGGGUACCCCAUUCUACCCCUCAUCCGCCAGCUGGACGCGAUGUGCUCUGGCGAGAGCGGCAAGUAUCUGCAUUGGGGAGCUACCACGCAAGAUAUCAUGGACUUGGCCAGUGUCCUCCAGAUGCAAGCCGGUCUCAGCGUCAUCGAAGAGCAGAUCCAGUCUCUCCGGUCUAUCCUGGCCGACCUAUCCAUCAAAUACCGGGAUUCACCCAUGGCCGGCCGCACCCAUCUUCAGCACGCUCUCCCCAUCACUUUCGGCUACAAGACCGCCGUCUACCUGUCUGCCUUUGACAGGCACUACGAGCGUCUCCAGCAGCUCAAGCCGAGGGCGCUGCUGGUUCAGUUUGGGGGUGCAGCGGGGACAUUGGCGUCGCUCGGGUCGGACGAUGCGGGGCUGAAGGUGCGGGAACAAUUGGCGAAGAAUCUGGCUCUGACGAACCCACCCAUUUCGUGGCAUGUGGUCAGGGAUGGUGUCGCUGAGAUUGUCUCAUUCCUCUCGCUCGUCGGAGGUACCCUCGGCAAGAUCGCUCUUGACGUGAUGAUCAUGUGCUCCAAUGAGUUCUCGGAAGUCCAAGAGCCCUUCGUCCCCCACCGUGGCGCCUCCUCCACCAUGCCUCAAAAGCGGAAUCCCAUCUCCUCCGAAGCCAUCCUCGCCGCGUCCAAACUCCUCCGCUCGCAUGCCUCCCUCGCUCAGGACGCCAUGGUCGCCGACUUUGAGCGCGCUUCCGGUCCAUGGCAUCUCGAGUGGGUGUGCGUACCCGAGGCGUUCUGCGUGGCGAGUGGAGCCUUGUCUCAGGCGAUCUUUGCAUUGGGCGGACUUUGCGUGGACACCGAUCGGAUGCUCGUCAAUCUCAACAGCUCCAAGGGCCUUAUCGUCGGCGAGGCGGUCAUGAUGGGCAUUGCACCCAUCGUCGGCCGUAACGCAGCCCACGACAUCGUCUACUCGGCGUGCAAGGACUGUAUUGAGGACGGCACGUCGACACUGUACGAUCGCCUCAGCACUCGUUCAGACGUCACCGACCGUAUAUCCAAGGAGGAGCUCGCAAGGUUGUGUGAUCCGGUCAAUUACCUCGGUGCGGCCCCGCAGAUGGUGGAUGAUGUGCUCGCUUCAGUACCGCGGUCUAAGGCCAAGAAGGCGAAUGGCGUAAAUGGCGCCAAUGGUACCAACGGGGUCAACGGUCAUUAG